AUGGUGUCGUUGGCGCUGGUGCGCGCGGAGGACGCGCCGAAGCGAUGCAGGAUCGAGGCCGCGACGUUCAACCAGGACGAGUGGCCGGAGCGCAACGAGGGUCCGGGUUUCCUCGGCAUCGGCGCGGCCGCCGAGCGCCGGGAGGCGUCCACCUCGGGGCGAUCCAGGCCCCCCGAGAGGCUCAUCCUGGUCGACGGCGACGCCGACGCGGCGGUGGGAUCGGUGAUCAUCUCCGAAUCCGCGCACCCGCCCCGCGGCGCCCCGCGCGGGACCGUGAACUGCGUCCUCAACUCCCUCGUCGUGGCGCCGGAGAUGCGCGGCGGCGGGCGCGGUAAGGCGCUCGCCGUCCUCGCCACGCGGUGGGCGAUGGAGCACAUGAACGCGGGCGUGGUCACCGCGUGGUGUCUCAAGCCGCUGCUCGGGCUGUACGUGGACGCGUGCGGGUUCGAGUACGAGCCCCCCGCGCGGGUUGGGUUCGACGACGACGACGGCGGGGACGUGUGCUGCCGCGCCUGGGCCGACCGCUGGCGCGCCCCGCCGACGUGA